GGCGUCCUGCAGCCAAUCAGAGGAUUGUUUUUCUGUCACGUCGUUGCACGGAUAGUAGGCUAACGGAUAUUGCAAACACAAACUAACACAAACAACGCGGGUUUGUUUCUAAAGACGGCACGGCACGGGAAGGGUUGUUAAUGUGGACCGAGUGUUUCCUGAUGGACUUAUAUUCGUGAAAAUGUGGAGCGAACAUCGAUGCGAGGACACACGAAUUGGGUAACGUAAGCUAGUUAGCAUUAGCCUGCUAAUUCACCACAAGGCCGCUGAUAAAAACAACAAGCUUCCUGUUCUGAAGGAUGUAGGUUACUCUACGAUCCGAGUUAUAACACCACAGCUGUUACCUACGGAGCACAAGUUCAGUGGUGCACACGAUUUUAUUAUUACGUUUGUUUUUAGUUGUGCUUGCAGGCUACCUAGCUUGGUAGCUCUUCGACUAGCUGGUUAGCAUGAGUGAAGUGACUGAUUCCAAACAGUCCGCUGACUCUGCGUCCAGGAAACGGCGUUUGGAGCCCGAUGGAGGCAGCGAGGUGCCCAGCAAGUGCCCAAAAGUCAGGGAGACAUUAGAGGAAGCGGGGGCCACUUCGGAAAGUUGCAAAAACAGUGAAGCAGAUGGGGAAGAAACAGCCAGGAAGGAGGACCAGUCAAAGGAGAGCGAGGGAAAACCAGCUGAGGGUCUGCAGGGUCUGCAGGGUUCAGAGGACCCCUGUGCACCACCUGUCAACAACCCCAAGACUAGCAGCCCUAAGGCAAGCAACACAGAAAAGCCACAGUCCUCAGAUGCACAAGGCUCUGCUGAAUCUAAGGAAAACACACAGAAAACAGCAGGGGCAAAGCUGGGACCCUCAGCCUCUCUGGAUCAGACCGACUCUGCAGCCAUUGCCGCGGCUGAAGCUCUUGCCAGUCUCACAAGAGGAGACGCGGAAGACAGCCGAGAGACUCCUUGCUCCUCAGAAAAGGCUAAACCGGUGAAACAGGGGAGCAAGUUCAAACAGCGUGGGAGUCACCACCACCACCAGUCCUCAAAAACAGGCUCCAGGACGCAGGCAGCGGCAGCAGACAGCUCCACAUCCGUCCACAGCACCGAUAGGGAGGAUGGAGACGAGAUGCCUGGAGCAGACGAAGGAGAUGAAUCCAUGUCUGGAUCCUCGUCCACUCCAAGCUCUUCUUUCCCGUCUGACAAUGAGGACAAUGAGGACGGGGAGUGUGCCAUCGUGUCGGUGAAGAUGGCCCCGGAGAUGAGGCAGUCGGUGGCCCUCCUGGCGCAGGUGCAGAUGAGACUGGAGGCUCUGGAGAAGAAGAACGCUCGUCUUCAUCAACGGCUGGAGCUGAAGAUCAGCCGUCAGCGGCGUCCACAUCUGGAUCAGCGCAGAUCCAUCACAAAGACCAUCCCCGGGUUCUGGGUCACAGCUCUGUUGAAUCAUCCUCACCUCUCGGCUCACAUUGACGAGACCGAUGAAGACGCUCUGAGCUACAUGACGGAUCUCGAGAUCGAGUCCUUUAAGAAUAACAAGCUGGGCUACAGGAUCCGUUUCCACUUCAGGCGGAACCCGUACUUCCAGAACAACAUCAUCAUGAAGGAGCUGCACCUCGGGAUGGGAGGCUCUCCGAUGUCCUUCUCCAACCCCAUCCUGUGGCACCGCGGGCAGAACCUGACGGCCCACAGCGAGGCCAGGAAGUCGUCGCGCGGCGUCUACCAAACGUUCUUCAGCUGGUUCAGCGACCACAGCACCCCCGGGCAGGACGACGUAGCCCAGAUCCUGAAGGACGACCUGUACCGAGACCCUCUGAGAUACUACCUCACUCCACUGUGGGAACCCCGGGAGAACGGCAGUGGCGGCAGCAGCGGGGGCCAAGCGGCUGAUAACGGUAACGGAGACGACUGUGUGGUGAUCUCCGACUCGGACGAUGAGCCCGGGAAGGAAGCUGGGGAAGAGAAGCCAGGCCACAGGAAGGAGGAGGGAGAGGAGGAGGAGGAGGAGGAAGAAGAGGAGGAGGAGGAGGAGGAGGAGGAAGAGGAGGAAGAAGACAAGGGGCGGAGCGCUGAUGAGAGUCCAGAGGAAGGAGAGGAAACAGGAGAAAUCGUGAUUGACGGCUCUGACGACAGCGAGCAGGGAGAGGAUGCGCAGGCCUGAAGAUGAAGAGUGAAAAGCCGGCACUGACGACGAACAGUAACAGAGCAAUGUCGUUUUUAUGCACAGAAUAUCCGUGUUUGUUGUUGUUUUUAUACCUAAAAGAAUAUUUUAAAUCAGGGUUAAUAAUAAAUAAUAAAGCCAAGGCAGCAUGGUGUCCUCUCUGUUUUAUACACUCGGUACUGUGUAGUCGUAUUUUAUUGUUUUCUAAUCUUCUGUUUAAACAGGAGCAUCGUGCAGCAGCCUGUAGGAGAGAUCCGGAUUAACGGCAUUACAAUUUGUGACAUAAAAACCCUUCAGUGGCAAUAUUCACAGUCAUUUUAAAGCAACGUUUUUAGGAAUUUAACACGCACGUGAAGAUAAAUUGAUAAUAAUGACAGUACAUAUGAGAUGCACUGAACCAAAAUUAGUUCUCAGGGAUCAUGGUGGUAGUUUUAUUGAAAUUAACAGACAUGAACACUCUGGUUUUUGUCGGCUGUGUAUAGGAAAGCGUGUAAUCUACUGUAGUUAAUCGGAAGACAUUUUGUUUUAAUAUGCUCCCUUCUUCAUCGAUGCGCUUGUUCCUUCCCUAGUUGAAUAAUCAUCUCCGGUGUUUGUAAUAUCAUUGCUUAGUUUGUCGGUUUCCGCUCCUACAAUAAAUAGAAUUGUAUUAUAUUUUCCCUUUGUUAGAAUUUAACUUGGAAUUUGCUUUCUUUAACAGUUAAAGGUGGGGUAGGUAAGUUUGAGAUACACUUUUUGUUAUAUUCCAUGGAAUGCUCUUAACAUCCUGAUAGCAAUGAAUAUCUGAAGUGCUUUGACAAAAAAUCCAUUAAAUAUUUCAUCUGUGGAAGCCGUGGCGCUGUAAAAAGCUCGACCAAUCAUCUGAGCCGGCCCGGCUAAAGUAACUGGAUGGCCUACCUGCCUGUCAGCCUUCCAUCUGUGCACAAACUGAUCUCGUGCCCUCAUUGGUCAUGUGUGUGUUGGAGGAGGGGCUCUGGAAGGAAGUGGCAGAUUUGUUCCGGUUGUGUAUUUUCAAAUUCUAGCGCACUUCAGCUGGUUUCUCCAAAAUUACCUACCCCAUCUUUUAAGAUGAGUUUUCAUGUCAUGUGUUUUAUUUUUGUGUUAUCUACUUUUUAAAAAGUUGGUAUUUAUUACAUUGUUUUUUCUACAUGACGGCAUGCAUGUGAGGCGAUGAUCACAUGACCUUUUCUCCGUGCACAGUGUCCGUUUAAAUCCACAGCAAUGUUAAUGAGUGCACUGUAACACAACUAGUAUUUGUAUUUGCUUACUUUUCUUAGCAAUGACCUGUACAUAAUAUUUCAGCACUGUCUUUUAGAUGAAAGGCAAGUACAUGUGUUUAAUUCAUGGAUAAAUUCUAUCAAAAAAAAAUCGGGAGGUUUUUUCAUAAACAUGAUCAGAAAGUUAUAUUUUGUGUGCUGUGUUUUAUAGACACUGUAGUUUGAAGAUACCCGUUUGUUGCUUUGGUUCAAUUUGUUUUUGCUUUGAAGAUAAAUGUCCACCCUUUUGACUCAGACCUAAUAAAUAGGAGUUUGUUUCA